AUGACGAGGCCACGGGCGCUUUCGCUGGCCUCGCUGCUCCUGCAGCUGCUCUGGACGUCGGGGGCCGCCUCCCUGCGCUUCACGCAUCCCGUUUACAACGCCACCAUCUACGAGAACUCUGCCGCCAAGACCUACCUGGAGAGCCACGUCAAGAUGGGCAUCUACGUGAGCGACCCCUCCUGGGAGAUCCGCUACAAAAUCAUCUCCGGGGACAACGACAACCUGUUCAAAGCCGAGGACUACCUCUUGGGAGAUUUUAGCUUUUUGCGCAUCCGCACCAAAGGGGGCAGCACGGCCAUCCUCAACCGGGAGGUCCGAGACCACUACGCGCUGACGGUCAAGGCGACGGAGCGGGGCGGCGACGUCGAAUGUCGCGCCCGGGUCGACGUCCGGGUGCUGGACACCAACGAUUUGAGGCCCCUCUUCUCGCCCACGUCGUACAGCGUCUCGCUGGCCGAAAACACGCCCGUCCGCAGCAGCGUGGCCAAGGUGACGGCCACGGACGCCGACAUCGGCACCAACGGGGAGUACUACUACAGUUUCCGAGAACGGACCGACACGUUCGCCGUGCACCCCACCAGCGGCGUGGUGACGCUCACCGGCCGGCUGGACUAUUCCGAGACGCCGCUUUACGAGCUGGAAAUACUGGCGGAGGACCGCGGCAUGAAGCUGUACGGGAGCAGCGGCUUCAGUAGCACCGCUAAGCUAACGGUGUGGGUGGAGCGGGCGAACGAAAACGCGCCGACCAUCGCCGCCGUCGCUCUCGCGCCCUCCGACGCCGACCCCGACCCCACUUACGCCUUAGUGACGGUGGAAGACGCCGACCCGGGAGCUAACGGGGAAGUGGCAUCUCUCGCCAUCGUCGCCGGCGACCCGCUUCGGCAGUUUAAAGCCGUGAGGACCAACCCCAGAGGCAAGGAGUUUAAAAUCAAAGCGGUGAAGGACGUGGACUGGCAAAGCCAACCUUUCGGAUAUAAUCUGACUCUCCAGGCUAAAGACAACGGCGACCCGGCUCAGUUUUCCUCGGCUAAAUUAGUACACGUCACGUCGCCUCAGUUUAAAACGGCGCCGCCCGUGUUCGAAAACGCCGUCUACAGAGUCAACCUCAGCGAAUUCGCGCCUCUUCACACGCCCGUCGCAAAAGUCCGCGCUCUGCCCGAGCGCCCCCGCCUCGGAUACGCCCUCAACCGCAAAUCGGAUCCGUUCGCCAUCGACCCAGACACCGGUUUGAUCCGCACGACGGCGCCGAUCCGCGCCGGCCGCUACGAGCUGGACGUGACGGCCGACGGCGGGAAAGCCUCGACCAGAGUCGAGGUGGAGGUGGCGGACGUCAACGACAACGCUCCCGAGUUCCAGCAGACAUCGUACCGGGCCGGCGUGGACGAGAACGCGGCCGUCGGGACCGCCGUGUUGACAAUCAGGGCGACGGACGCGGACCGGGGCGAGAACGGCUACGUGACGUACGGCCUCGCCAAUCUCAGCCCGCAGCCGUUCGUCAUCGACUAUUUCACGGGCGUCGUCAGCACUUCGGAGCCGCUGGAUUACGAGCUCAUGCCUCGGAUUUACACUCUCAAAAUCCGGGCCUCGGAUUGGGGCUCCCCCUUCAGGAGAGAGUCGGAAACGCUCGUCACGGUGACUUUAAACAACCUCAACGACAACGACCCGUUGUUUGAAAACGUGGACUGCGACGUCACCGUGCCCAGAGACCACGGCGCGGGCGAGCAGAUCACCACCGUGUCGGCCAUCGACGCCGACGAGCUCCAGCUGGUGCGCUACUACAUCAAAUCCGGGGACGAGCUGGAUCUGUUCGAGCUGAACGCCAACUCGGGCGUGCUUUCUCUCAAGCGUACGCUGAGCGAAGGCGAAGCGGCCAAAACCUCCUUCCACGGCUUGCGCAUCGUGGCGAGCGACGGCGAACGCGAGACCCCGCCCAUGUACAUGAACAUCACGGUCAUCACCGCCCGGACGCCCGUGCAGGUGAAGUGCGCGGAAACGGGCGUGGCCACCAUGCUGGCCGAAAAACUGCUCCAGGGUAGUAAAAUCCACACGCAAACCGAGCAGGACGACCACUUCGCCGACAUCCACUCCGUCAACCGCCACGCGCCGCGCUUCUCCGAGUCCUUCCCGACCGCCGUGGAAGUCCGCGAGGACGUCCCCGUCGGCGGUCGCGUGGCUCAUUUAGCCGCCGAGGACGCCGACGGCGGCUUCAACGGGAAGCUCGCGUACGUCGUCUCGGGCGGAGACGCGGAAGGUCGCUUCGUCGCCGAGAUGGAAACGGGGUGGCUUUUGGUUUACUCGCCUCUGGACAGGGAAUCAAAAGACCGCUACACGCUCAACGUCACUGUGUACGACCUGGGGAUUCCGCAAAAGUCCGCCUCGCGCCUGCUGGACGUGAAGAUUUUGGACGCUAACGACAACAGCCCGCAGUUUUUGCAGGAUUCCUACUCGGUGGAAAUCAGCGAGAGCACGCCGGCGGGGACGGAGAUCAUCCAGGUGGACGCCACGGAUAAAGAUCAGGACGAGAACGGCGUGGUGAGGUACUCCAUUCUGGGCGGGACCGAUCAUUUCGCCAUCCAUCCCGAGACGGGGGUGGUGACGGUCACCGAGCCGCUGGAUCGCGAGCGGCAUCCGGUCUACGACUUAAAGAUCGCGGCUCGAGACCGGGCGGAGAACGAGCCUCAACUGGUGUCGGUCGCGCCGCUCCGGAUCACCCUGGAGGACGUGAACGACAACCCUCCCAAAUUCGUCCCCCCGAAUUACCGCGUCAAGGUGAGGGAGGACCUCCCCGUCGGCACGGUGGUCAUGUGGCUGGAGGCCCACGACCCCGACGUGGGCUCCUCCGGUCAGAUCCGCUACAGCCUGACGGACAGCGGGGACGGAACCUUCGAGGUGGACAAGCCGAGCGGCGCCGUGCGGAUCGUGCGGAGCCUGGACUACGAGACCAGGCAGGUGUACAACCUGACGGCCAAAGCCAAGGACAAAGGCAAGCCCAUGUCCUUGUCGUCCACUUGCUUCGUGGAAGUGGACGUCGUGGACGUCAACGAGAACCUCCACCGGCCUAUGUUCCGCUCCUUUGUGGAGAAGGGAUUUAUCGAGGAGGACGCCGCCGCGGGCACUUCCGUGAUGACGGUCACGGCGGAGGACGAGGACAAAGGCAGAGACGGAGAGAUCCGAUACUCCGUCCGGGACGGUUCCGGCCUGGGGGUCUUCAGCAUCGAGGAGGAAACCGGUAUCAUCCGGACGCAAGAACUGCUGGACCACGAGACCACGCCCCACUACUGGCUGACCAUCUACGCCAUGGACCGAGGCGUGGUCCCCCUUUCCGCCUUGGUGGAGGUCUACAUCCAAGUGCAGGACGUCAACGACAACGCGCCGCAAGCGUCGGAAGCCGUCUACUACCCCUCGGUGAUGGAGAACUCGCCCAGGGACGUGUCCAUCAUCCAGAUCGACGCGGUGGACCCAGACACUAAAUCCGGCGACAAGCUCAACUAUCGGAUCACCAGCGGAAAUCCGCAGGGAUUCUUCGCCAUUAAUCCCAAGACGGGCCUGCUAACAACGACGUCAAGGAAGUUGGACAGGGAGCAACAGGACGAGCACAUUCUUGAGGUCACCAUCACCGAUCACGGCGUUCCGGCCAAAUCCACCACGGUGCGCGUCAUCGUGCGCGUGCUGGACGAGAACGACAACCGUCCGCUCUUCCUGGAGAAGAUCUACAAGAUCAAACUCCCCGAACGGGAACGGAACCCCGAGAAAGAGCGGGCCGCCGCCCGCCGGGACCCAGUCUACCGGGUCAUCGCCUCCGACCGCGACAGCGGCGCCAACGCCGAGAUCUCCUACAGCAUCGAGGAGGGCGACGAGCACGGCAAGUUCUUCAUCGAACCCAAGACUGGGGCCGUGUCGUCCAAGAAGUUCUCGGCGGCGGGGGAGUACGACAUCCUCACGAUCAAAGCGGUGGACAACGGUCGGCCACAGAAGUCUUCCACCUGCCGCCUCCACUUGGAGUGGAUCCCCAAGCCGGGGGUGCCGGAGGACGCCGCCCCGCUGCUUUUCGAGGAGUCGCCCUUCUCCUUUUCGGUGAUGGAGAGCGACCCCGUGGCGCACAUGGUGGGCGUGGUUGCCACAGAGUCGUCCGACGUGCCAGUCUGGUUCCAGAUCUCAGGAGGCAUAGAGGACACUGAGACGUUUUACGUCCUUCAGAUGGCUUGCGACCACAACUGUACAGCAGAAGGCGGAAACUACGACAGCCGCUUCGACGUGGGCAAAGCUAGCGGAACCCUCAUCGUGGCCAGGCCGUUGGACGCCGAACAAAAGUCCAACUACAACCUGACGGUGGAGGCCACGGACGGGACCAGGACGGUCAGCACUCAGGUUCUGAUCCGAGUCAUCGACACCAACAACCAUCGUCCGGAAUUCUCCCGCGCCAAGUAUGAAGUGAGCGUCCCCGAGGACGUUCCGGCGGGAAGCGAGGUUCUGCGCGUGGACGCCACGGACCAGGACGAGAAAAACAAGCUGACCUUCACGCUUCUGAGCAGCACCGACCCCUUCAGCCUCAAAAAGUUCAAACUGGACCCCGGGACGGGGACGCUAUACACCGCCGAACCGCUGGAUCACGAGACCGUGCGAAGUCACGUUCUCACCGUUAUGGUCCGCGACCAGGACAUCCCAGUGAAACGCAACCUGGUGCGCGUGGUGGUCAACGUGGAGGACGCCAACGACAACGCGCCUUGGUUCGUGGGCACGCCCUACUCUGGCCGCGUCUUUGAGACGGCCGCCGCGGGCUCGGCCGUGUUGCAGGUCACCGCGCUGGACAAAGACACGGGACGCAACGCCGAAAUCGUCUACAGCAUCGAGUCAGGAAACGUGGCAAACUCCUUCGCCGUGGAUCCCGUCCUGGGCACCGUCACGGUGGCCAAAGAACUCAGCCACAGCGGUAAAACCAGCUUCGAACUCACCGUCAAGGCGACAGACCGCGGAGCCAAGCCUUUAUCCGCCACCGCCGCCAUCCACAUCGACGUCACCGUCUCGGACAACGCCGCCCCCAGAUUCCCGGAGAAAGAAUUCUCCGCCGACAUCAGCGAGUCGGCCGCACCCGGUAGCUUCGUAAGCUCGGUGGCGGCCAUCAGCCAGUCGUCUGUUUUCUACCAAAUCAAAAGCGGGAACGCGGACGGCGCCUUUGACAUCAACCCCAACUCGGGCGUGGUGGUCACCCGGAAGGAACUGGACUACGAGACCACCCCCCAAUACAAGCUGGUCGUCCAGGGGACCAACAUGGCGGGGCUGUCCAGCAACGCCACUCUGGCGGUCCACCUGAAGGACGAGAACGACAACGCCCCCGUUUUCGUACGACGGGAGUUCCGCGGCCUGGUCAGCGAGUCGGCCCCGGUCGGCAGCGUGGUUCUCACCCGGGAAAACGCGCCGUUCGUCAUCCGCGCGACUGACGCCGACAGCGAGCGCAACGCCAUGCUGGCGUAUCAGAUCGCGGAGCCCUUCGCCCUCAACUACUUCGCCGUGGACUCGGCCACCGGCGCCGUCAGGAUCACGGCCGCCUUGGACCACGAGCGGAGGAGCGUUUACCGCUUCACGGUGCAGGUCCACGACCUCGGCGCGCCUCGGCUGUUCGCGGAGACUGCGGCCAACGUGACGGUGGAGGUCGUCGACGUCAACGACUGCCCGCCGGUCUUCGGCCGGGACGUCUACGAGGCCGUCGUGGCGCUGCCGACGUACAGAGGAGUGGAAGUGGUCAAAGUCGACGCCGCCGACCCGGACACUGGACCCGACGCCAAGCUUCUGUUUUCCAUCUCCGAGGGCAACAUCGGCGUCAAGUUCAAGAUGGACGCGAACACUGGCGUGCUGUCCAUCCAGAACGUCACCCAGCUGAGAAGCAGGUACGAGCUAAAAGUCCGAGUUUCCGACGGGAGGUUCGCCAGCGUCGCCGCCGUCAAGAUCCACUUGAAAGAGAACAAGGACGGCAAGGUCGAGUUCACCAGAGAGUCCUACCGAGCUUCCGUCUUGGAGAACCUAACCGAGAAGAAGACGCUGGAAGUCAUCGCCGCCGUAGGAAACCAAGUCAACGAGCCGUUGUUCUACAAAAUCCUCAAUCCCGACAAACAUUUUGAAAUCGGACGAACAUCGGGGGUGGUUUCCACCACCGGAGUAGCGUUCGAUCGCGAGGCCCGGGACACCUUUGACGUGGUGGUGGAGGUCACCAAGGAGGACCCGUCCGAAGAGCCCGCCCACGUUCUUUUGACGGUGAUGGUGGAGGACAUCAAUGACAACGCGCCCGUCUUUUUGCACCUCCCCUACCAAGCCCUGGUCCAGAUGGACGCGGAAGAAGGCCAGGUGGUCCGACAGGUCACGGCGGUGGACAAGGACCGAGGUCCCAAUGCCCAAAUCCAUUACAGUUUGAAGGAACCUCAGGAGCAUUUUGACAUCAACCCCUCCGGCGAAAUCACCCUUAAAAAGCCGUUUGAGGUAGAAUCCCUCGACGGCAAUUUCGCGGUGGUGGUGGUCGCGACGGACGGCGGUCAUCCGGCGCUGUCGGCGGAAGCCCAAGUCCCGAUUACCGUGGUGAACCAAGCCGUCCCCGUUUUUGAAAAAGCCUUCUAUAGCAUCGAAAUCCCCGAGAACAUCCAAGUCCACGCGCCGGUUCUCCACGUUCAAGCCAGCGAUUCCGAAGGCCCCCGAAUCGUUUACACGCUAACCGAAGGAGACCCUUUCAAGCAGUUCUCCGUCGACUUCAACACCGGCGUCCUUCACGUAGCUCGUCCCCUGGACUUUGAGACGCACCCGGCGUAUAGAUUAAUCGUGCGCGCCACCGACUCCCUGACAGGGGCGCACUCGGACGUUUUUGUGGAUAUCAUCCUGGUAGACGUCAACGACAACCCGCCGCUGUUCCUCUCCGAGUCGUACCGCGGCAACAUCUCCGAGGCGUCCGCCGUCGGUACUUCUGUCCUGCGGGUGGACGCCAAAGAUUUCGACACGGGACGCAAUCAGGAAAUCUUCUACCAGUUGGUAGAGAAGAAGGGGAGAAGUUCGGAUUACUUCGCGAUCGACCGCGACACGGGAAUCAUCUCGACAGCCCGGCCGCUGGAUCACGAGGAGAUCCGGCAGCACCGACUGAGCGUCCGCGCCGUAGACGGGGGUGUCCCAGCCCUCUCUGGCGAAGUGGCGGUGACAGUGGACGUCACUGAUCUGAACGAUAACGCGCCAAUGUUUGUGGAGCGAGUCUACAAAGCGACCGUUAGCGAGUUAGCUUCUCGCGGACACUUUGUCACCCAAGUCCAGGCUUCGGACGCGGACAGUUCCGACUCGGGAAAGCUGGAGUUCGCCAUCGUCUACGGGAACGAGGACCAGAGUUUCGCCAUCGACAAGCGGACCGGCGCGGUCGUCAUUUCCAACCACCGCCGGCCACAAAUGCGACCGAUCUACCACCUCAACGUGUCCGUUUCGGACGGCGUUUAUCGGAGCUCCGCCCUCGUGGAAGUCACCGUCGUAGGCGCCAACUUCCAUAACCCUGCAUUUUCCCAAGCGGAAUACGUCGUGGAACUCGUGGAAAACUCCCCCGUCGGAACGUUGGUCGCCGAAGCCAAAGCCGCGGAUGACGACGAAGGCGUUUACGGACAAAUCGCGUACCGCGUCGUCAACGACGUCGCCAAGGACAAGUUCGCCGUUGACGAAAACGGCAGCGUCUUCACCUCGGAGGUGCUGGACCGCGACGGCGGCGGCGAAAAAGUCAUCCCCGUCUUCCUGGAGGCCCGGGACGGCGGCGGCAAGGUGGGCUUCUGCACGGUGAACGUGGUCCUCACCGACGUCAACGACAACGCGCCGCAGUUCAGGGCGGCCGAGUACAAAGUCACCGUAGCUUCGGACGCCCCCCGGGGAACGUCGGUGGUGAAGAUCGCCGCCUCCGACGUGGACGAGGGAAGCAACGCCGACGUGGAGUACUCGGUGGAAGCCGAGGCGGAGAACGUGGCGGAGAACUUUGAAAUCCACCCGACGUCCGGGGUGGUCGUGACCAAAGAGAGCCUCGUCGGACUGGAGGGCGAGCUCUACGCCUUUUUCGUCCGAGCAGAGGACACCGGGAACCCGCCCAAAAGUUCCGCGGUUCAAGUUUACAUCCGGAUCGUGGCGCCCGAGACUCCCGUCCCCAAGUUCGGCGAGGCUCAUUACCGCUACGCGCUGGCGGAAGACCUACCCAUCGGCACGGAGAUCGACGUGAUCCGCGCCGAGAGCGAGCGACCGGUGUCUUACGCUCUGGUGAACGGAAACACCCCGGAGAGCAACCGGAAUCAAGUCUUCGUGGUGGACCCGGACACCGGCGCCCUGAAGCUUCAGAAGAGCCUGGACCACGAGACCACCAAGUGGUACCAGCUCACUCUGCGGGCGGAAACCCGGCACGACGGCUACGACGUCGUGGCGUCCGUCGACAUCAACGUCCAGGUCAAAGACCUGAACGACAACGACCCCGUAUUUGAGUCUGACCCGUACCGGGCGGUGGUGGCGGAGAACCUCCCGGGCGGGACGCAGGUGGUUCAAGUCAAAGCCUCCGACCUGGACUCGGGCAGCGACGGCCACGUCCUGUACAGCCUGGACGCCGAGCUCAACUCGCGGGAAGUCGCCGAGCUGUUUGCCGUCAACGCCGAAAGCGGAUGGUUGACCACGCUGAAGGAACUGGACCGCGAAAAGCGUGGCGAAUACAGCGUGGCCGUCCUGGCCAGCGAUCAGGGCGACAAAGUCCGGCGCUCCGCCGCCACGCGGGUGGAGGUGACGGUGGCCGACGUCAACGACAACCCGCCGCGCUUCACGGCGGAGGUCUACAAGGGGACGGUCAGCGAGGACGACCCUCCGCCCAGCGGGGUCAUCGCCAUCCUCAGCACCACCGACCAGGACUCGGAGGACAUCAACAGACAAGUCAGCUACUUCAUUACUGGGGGUGACCCACUGGGACAGUUUGCCAUCGAGCACGUUCAGAACGAAUGGAAAGUGUUAGUCCGGAAGCCUUUGGACCGCGAGAGCGCCGACUAUUACCUCCUCAACAUCACGGCCAGCGACGGCAUCUUCACGGCUAAAGCCGUAGUGGAAGUCAAAGUUCUGGACGCUAACGACAACAGCCCUGUAUGCGACAAGUCUCUCUAUAGCGAGAGCGUCCCCGAGAACUCGCCGGCCAAUCGCCUCAUCUUGCAAGUGUCGGCCACCGACGCGGACAUCCGAUCCAACGCGGAAAUCUCCUACGAGCUCCACGGAGCGGGAUCGGAACUCUUUCUCAUCGACUCCGAGACCGGCGAACUGAAGACCCUGAAACCGUUGGACCGCGAAGAGCGCGACGAGCACCGCUUCAAAGUGCGAGCGGUCGACGGGGGCGGUCGUUUCUGCGAGGCCGACGUGCACCUGGCGGUGCGCGACGUCAACGACAACGCCCCCGAGUUCGCCGCCGACCCGUACGCCUUCACCGUCUUCGAGAACACCCGGACAGGAACUUUCCUGGCCAAGCUGCAGGCUGAAGACGCCGAUACCGGGUCAAACGGAGAAGUGGCAUAUUCGCUGACCGAUUCUGCCGACGGCUGGUUCGCCGUAGACGAGCAUAGCGGCAUCAUCAGCUUGGCCCGGCCGCUGGACCGCGAGGCGCGCGCCAUGUACGAGCUGGAGGCCCGCGCCGCCGACCGCGGCCAGCCCCGCCUGUGGGCCGCCUGCCGCGUGCUGAUCUCCGUGCUAGACAUUAACGACAACCUGCCCGUGUUCGAGCGGCGAGAGUACGCCGCCGCCGUGCCCGAGGACGCGGCCGUCGGCGGGCAGGUGCUGCGCGUGCAGGCGGCGAGCCGGGACCUGGACGCCAACGGAGAGAUUCGAUACAGCAUCGUCAGCGGGAACGAGCACGGAGCGUUCAGCGUGGAUCCCGGCACGGGCGACAUCUUUGUGAUCACGCCGCUAGACUACGAGACGUCUCCCGAGUACUACAUUACGGUGGAGGCCACGGACGGGGGCUCGCCGCCCCUCAGCGACAUGGCCACCGUCAACAUCAACGUGACGGACGUCAACGACAACGCGCCCGUCUUCAGCCAGCGCGUCUACACCGCCGUCGUGGGCGAAGACGCCGAGCUGGGGAGGACCGUCUUGACGGCGAUGGCGGAGGACGCGGACGGGCCGUCGUACAGCCGCGUACGAUACGCCAUCGUGGACGGCAACGGAGAGACCCCCUUCAUCAUCGACCCGCUGCGGGGGCAGCUCAAAGUGGCUCGCCAGUUGGACCGGGAGCAGACGUCGGGAUACACGCUGACGGUGCUGGCCGUGGACAACGGCACGCCGCCGCUGUCCGGCAGCGCCGUGAUCAACGUGGACAUUUCCGACGUCAACGACAACCCGCCCCUCUUCUCCCAGGCCAACUACAGCCUCAUCGUACAGGAGAACCGAGCAGAAGGCACAGCCGUCCUUCAGCUGCAAGUGUCCGACCGGGACGCCUCCCACAACGGGCCACCCUUCGCCUUCUCCAUCGCCGACGGUGACGCGGGCGCCGCUUUCCGUAUUGACCCGAGCGGCGCGCUGCUGGUGGCGGCGCCGCUGAGGAAGAGAGACAAGGAACGCUACCUGCUUCAAGUUCAGGUGUCGGACAGCGGCGACCCGCCCCUGCGGUCCAGCGCCUUCGUGGACGUGCGCGUGAUCGAGGAGAGCGUGUACCCGCCGGCCGUCCUCCCGCUAGACAUUUUCGUGUCGACGGCGGGCGAGGAGUACGCGGGCGGCGUCCUGGGCAAGAUCCACGCCACCGACCAGGACGUGUACGACACGCUGCGCUACGGCCUGGCGCCCCCGUCGUCCUCGCCGCCCUCCUUCUCGGUGUCGGCGUCGGACGGGAAAGUGAUCGCCCUGCGGCCGCUGGACGCCGGCCACUACGCGCUCAACGUGACGGUGACGGACGGGCGCUUCUGGGCGACGGCCGACGUCAACGUGCACGUGCGGCGGGCCGCUCGCCGGGCGCUGGACAACUCGGUGACCGUGCGCUUCGCCGGCACGGCGCCCGAGGAGUUCGUCGGCGACCACUGGCGCAACUUCCAGAGGGCGCUGAGGAACAUCGCCGGCGUACGCCGGAGCGACGUGCAGCUGGUCAGCCUGCAGCCGUCGGCCGAGCGCGCCGGCGACCUGGACGUCCUGCUGGCGUUGGAGAGAUCCGGGAGUCCGUACCAGUCUCAGGAGGUUGUUUUCCGCAAGCUGAACUCGUCAGCGAGCGUGAUGGAAGAAAUGACGGGGGUGCGCAUCGUGCGCGUGUUCCAGAAGCUCUGCGCGGGCAUGGACUGCCCGUUGCGCUUCUGCGACGAGGAGGUGACGCUGGACCGCGCCGCCAUGUCCACCUACAGCACGGCGCGCCUCAGCUUCGUCACGCCUCGCCACCGCCGCGUCGCCACCUGCCAGUGCCGAGGCGGCGAGUGUCCCGCGCUGAACAACGCCUGCGAUAACAGCCCCUGUCCGGAGGGCUUGGACUGCGUGGCCGACGAGCGCGUGGACGCCAAGUAUACCUGUGUCUGCCCUCAAGGACAUAAAAACAAAUGUUCGGACGGGCACUCGUUGACGUUCAGCGGCAGCGGCUACGUCAAGUACCACCUGAUGGAGAACGAUAACAAGGAGCAGAUGAAGCUGUCCCUCAGCCUGCGCACCUUCUCCGCACACGCCACCGUCAUGUUCGCCAAGGGCACCGACUACAGCAUCCUGGAGAUCGUGAACGGUCGACUGCAGUACCGAUUCGACUGCGGCAGCGGCCCCGGCCUGGUGUCCGUCCACAGCGCCGCAGUGAACGAUGGCGAGUGGCACUCGGUCUCCCUGGAGGUGGAAGGCAACUACGCCAAGCUGGUGGUGGACCGCGUGCACGCCGCUUCUGGGAAGGCGCCUGGCACCUUGCGUACCCUCAACCUGGACGACAGCAUCUACUUCGGCGGCCACGUUCGCCAGCGCGCCGCCCCGGCCGCUCGCCUGGGGCGCAACCUGCCCGUGGCCGACGGCUUCCGCGGCUGCAUGGAAGCCAUCGCGCUCAACGGUCAGGAUCUGCCGCUGAACACCAAGGCGCGGCGGGCGCACGCCGUCAUGGAGGCGCUGGAAGACGUGGCGCCCGGCUGCGCGCUUUCCCCGCCGGAGAGCUGCUCCAGCAAUCCCUGCAGUAACGGCGGGGUGUGCAACCCCAGGCCUAAUGGAGGCUACUUCUGCAAGUGUCCCGCCUCUUUCAUGGGCACCCACUGCGAGUUGAGCCCCUGCGACUCCAACCCCUGCCUGUACGGGGGCACCUGCGUACCCCGGGGGGACGACUUCUACUGCCAGUGCAGAGGACAAUACUCGGGACUGAGGUGUCAGCUGGGUUCAUUUUGCACGGACAACCCUUGUAAAAACAAUGGCAAGUGUAUCGAUAGUCUGGACGGGCCGGUGUGCGAGUGUGAAGCUGGUUUCCAGGGAGACAGGUGCACGAGCGACGUGGACGAGUGCUCCCGGAACCCGUGCGGCAACGGCGGGCGCUGCCACAACACGCACGGCUCGUACGAGUGCGACUGCUCGGCGGGCUUCGGCGGCCCCGCCUGCGACGACGUCCGCAACGACAUGGUGUCCACCUCGUGGAACAUCGGGCCGGAGGAGGCGGUGGGCAUCGUGGUCUUCGUCUCCAGCAUCUUCAUCCUGGUGCUCUUCUUCGUCCUCCUGCGCAAGAAGGCGUGCCGCGGGAAAUCCAAGGCGAAGGACGGCGACGGGCGCGCCGGCGCUUCGGCCGCGCCGCACUCCUUCCUGCAGAGGCCCUACUUUGACGCCAAGUUCAACAAGAACGUCUACUCGGACAUCCCGCCGCAGGUGCCCGUGAGGCCCAUCUCGUACACGCCCAGCAUUCCCAGCGACUCGCGCAACAACCUUGACCGCAACUCCUUCGAGGGCUCGGCCAUACCGGAGCACCCCGAGUUCAGCACCUUCAAUCCGGACGCCGUGCACGGACACCGCAAGACGGUGGCCGUGUGCAGCGUGGCGCCCAACCUGCCGCCGCCCCCGCCUUCCAACUCGGUGUCGGACAGCGACUCCAUCCAGAAGCCAAGCUGGGAUUACGACUACGACGCCAAAGUGGUGGACUUGGACUGCGUGACCAAGAAACCCGUAGAGGAGAGCGCGUGUCACCCUUUCAACACCAGGGGGAGCAUGUCGGAAGUCCAGUCGCUCAGCUCCUUCCAGUCCGAGUCGUGCGACGACAACGCCUCCAUCGUGACUGUCAUCCACUUUGUCAACUCUGUGCUUGACACAGUGGAAAGAGAAGAGUCUUUUUUGGCUCGUGAGCGCAGGAACACAAGAGGAUACCACUGGGACACGUCCGACUGGAUGCCGAGCGUCCAGCUGCCGGGAAUCAAGGAGUUCCCGCAGUACGAGCUGGCGGACUCGCCGCCCGCCACCCUGUACAGCGACCCGAGCGCCAUGGACACCGACUACUACCCGGGCGGCUACGACAUCGAGAGCGACUUCCCGCCGCCGCCCGACGACUUCCCGUCCGGCGACGAGCUGCCGCCGCCGCCCCCGCCCGAGUACGGCGACACCUUGCGGUCCUCCGUAACCCCGCGCCGUCCCGCCCUGCCGGAACUCUACGCCCUGGGGCGCUUCACGGCCCCCCGGGGCGAGGGGCGCGGCGCCCCGCCGUCCUCGGCGGCGGCCACCGCCGGCUUCCCUCCCGGCGGGGACUUUGACGACGUGUCGCUGUCGUUGUACGCGUCUACCGCCUCCUGCUCGGACAUGUCGGCGUGCUGCGAGGAGUCCGAGGCUAUGAUCAGCGACUACGAGAGCGGCGACGACGGCCAUUUUGAGCGGCUGGCCAUCCCGCCGCUGGGCUCCCAGCAGCACACUGAAGUCUGA